CGUGCCCGCGCUUUUCCCAGAAGAGGAAAAGGAGUCUAUCCUCAGUCAGAUUGGACAAGAGGCUUUGAAGCAAGGGGUGGGCCCGGCCAAGGAGUCCAUGUGGCAGUACUUCGUGAACAAGAGUGCGGGUAACCUGCACAUUGUCCUGGGCAUGUCGCCGGUGGGGGACACCCUGAGGACCCGCUGCAGAAAUUUCCCAGGUCUAGUAAAUAACACUGGUAUCGACUGGUUCAUGCCCUGGCCUUCCCAAGCUCUGCAUGCAGUGGCUAAGUCAUUUUUAGGGACAAAUCCACUGAUCCCAGUAGAAAAUAUGGAAGAUCUGGUAGAACAUGUUGUUUUGGUCCACGAAUCCGUGGGUGAAUUCAGCAAACAAUUUCUACAGAAACUGAGGCGCAGCAACUACGUAACUCCCAAGAACUACCUGGAUUUUAUUAACACGUAUUCGAAAUUACUGGAUGAGAAAACUCAGUAUAAUAUGGCUCAGUGCAGGCGUCUGGAGGGCGGGCUGGACAAGCUGAAGGAGGCCACCGUCCAGCUGGACGAGCUGAACCAGAAGCUGGCCGAGCAGAAGAUUGUGCUGGCGGAGAAGUCGGCUGCCUGCGAGGCCCUGCUGGAGGAGAUCGCCACCAAUACAGCCAUAGCGGAGGAAAAGAAGAAGCUGGCGGAGGAAAAAGCCAUGGAGAUAGAGGAGCAAAACAAGAUCAUCGCGGCGGAGAAGACUGAGGCCGAGACGGCCCUGGCCGAGGUCAUGCCCAUCCUGGAGGCCGCCAAGCUGGAGCUGCAGAAACUGGACAAGUCAGAUGUGACCGAGAUUAGGUCAUUUGCUAAGCCCCCGAAGCAGGUGCAGACGGUCUGUGAAUGCAUCCUCAUCCUGAAGGGGCACAAAGAGCUCAACUGGAAAACCGCCAAAGGCAUGAUGUCCGACCCCAACUUCCUGAGGUCUCUGAUGGAGAUUGACUUUGACUCAAUUACCCAGAGCCAAGUGAAAAAUAUCAGAGGCCUCUUGAAGACCCUCAGUACCACGACUGAGGACAUGGAAGCCGUGAGCAGGGCAGGCUUGGGGAUGCUGAAAUUUGUGGAAGCUGUGAUGGGCUACUGUGACGUUUUUAGAGAAAUCAAGCCCAAGAGAGAGAAGGUGGCCAGGCUGGAGCGGAAUUUUUACUUGACCAAACGUGAGCUGGAGAGGAUCCAGAAUGAGCUGGCAGCAAUCCAGAGAGAACUGGAAGCUCUGGGGGCCAAGUACGAGGCGGCCGUACUGGCGAAGCAGAAGCUGCAGGAAGAAGCCGAGAUCAUGGAGAGACGGCUGAUCGCGGCCGACAAGCUCAUCUCGGGGCUGGGGGCUGGGAAUGUCAGGUGGCUGAACGAUUUGGACGAGCUGAUGCACCGGCGCGAGAAGUUGCUGGGCGACUGCCUGCUGUGCGCAGCCUUCCUGAGCUAUGAGGGCGCCUUCACGUGGGAGUUCCGGGACGAGAUGGUCAACCAGGUCUGGCAGAGCGACAUCCUGGAGCGGGGGAUCCCCCUGAGCCAGCCCUUCAGACUCGAGAACUUGCUCACGGACGACGUUGAGAUCAGCAGGUGGGGCUCCCAGGGGCUGCCCCCCGACGAGCUCUCGGUUCAGAACGGCAUCCUCACCACCCGGGCCAGCCGCUUCCCCCUCUGCAUCGACCCGCAGCAGCAGGCCCUCAACUGGAUAAAGAGAAAAGAGGAGAAGAACAGCCUGCGGGUGGCUUCCUUUAAUGACCCCGACUUCCUCAAGCAGCUGGAGAUAUCCAUAACGUACGGGACGCCUUUCCUGUUCCACGAUGUGGAUGAGUACAUCGACCCUGUGAUUGAUAACGUCUUAGAAAAGAAGAUCAGGGUCUCCCAAGGACGGCAGUUUAUCAUACUGGGGGACAAGGAAGUGCACUAUGAUCCGAAUUUCAGACUGUACCUGGACACCAAGCUGGCCAACCCCAGAUAUAGCCCAUCCGUGUUUGGGAAAGCCAUGGUGAUCAAUUAUACUGUCACGCUGAAAGGCCUGGAGGACCAGCUGCUGAGCGUGCUGGUGGCCUACGAGAGGCGAGAGCUGGAGGAGCAGAGGGGGCAUCUCAUCCAGGAGACGAGCGAGAACAGGAACCUGCUGAAGGGCCUGGAGGACUCCCUCCUCCGGGAACUGGCCACCUCCACGGGGAACAUGCUGGACAGUGUGGAGCUGCUGCAGACCCUGGAGGAGACCAAAUCCAAAGCCACGGAGGUAUCAGAGAAGCUCAGGCUGGCGGAGAAGACAGCCCUGGACAUCGACAGGCUGCGGGACGGCUACCGGCCGGCCGCCCGGAGGGGAGCCAUCCUGUUCUUCGUGCUGUCGGAGAUGGCCCUGGUGAGCUCCAUGUACCAGCACUCCCUGAUCGCCUUCCUGGAGGUCUUCGGCUUGUCACUCAAGAAGUCGUUGCCCGACUCCAUUCUUAUGAAGCGAUUAAGGAACAUCAUGGACACGCUGACCUUCAACAUCUAUAACUACGGCUGCGCAGGGUUGUUUGAGAGGCACAAGUUACUUUUUUCUUUCAAUAUGACUAUCAAGAUAGAACAAGCAGAGGGGAGAGUCCCCCAGGAAGAAUUAGAUUUCUUCUUAAAAGGAAACACUUCCCUGGAGAAAAGCAAACGGAAGAAGCCCUGUGCUUGGUUGUCCGACCAGGGAUGGGAGGACAUCAUUCUUUUAUCAGAGAUGUUUCCAGACAACUUUGGGGCUCUUCCUGAUGAUGUGGAGGAGCAUCUGACUGUCUGGCAGGAGUGGUAUGACCUGGAUUCACUUGAGCAGUUUCCAUUGCCCCUGGGUUAUGAUGACAACAUCACCCCUUUCCAGAAGUUGCUUAUUUUGCGCUGUUUCCGUGUGGAUCGGGUAUAUCGGGCCGUGACUGACUACGUGACUGUAACAAUGGGAGAGAAGUACGUGCAGCCUCCGAUGAUCAGCUUUGAAGCCAUCUUUGAGCAGAGCACGCCCAACUCGCCCAUUGUGUUUAUCCUGAGUCCUGGCUCUGACCCUGCCAGUGACCUAAUGAAAUUAGCCGAGCACAGUGGUUUUGGAGGGAACCGCCUCAAAUUCCUUGCCAUGGGUCAAGGUCAAGAAAAGGUGGCCCUACAGCUGCUGGAGGUGGCGGUGGCUCGAGGGCAGUGGCUGAUGCUGCAGAACUGCCAUCUCCUGGUCAAGUGGCUGAAGGAUCUGGAGAAGUCCCUGGAGAGGAUCACCAAGCCCCACCCCGACUUCCGCCUGUGGCUCACCACGGACCCCAGCGAGGGCUUCCCCAUCGGGAUCCUGCAGAAGUCCUUGAAGGUUGUCACCGAGCCACCCGACGGGCUGAAACUCAACCUGAGAGCGACGUACUUCAAGAUCUCUCCUGAGAUGCUGGACCAGUGUCCACACCCUGCUUUCAAGUCCCUGGUCUACGUGUUGGCGUUCUUCCAUGCUGUGGUGCAGGAGAGGAGGAAGUUCGGGAAGAUCGGGUGGAACGUGUACUACGACUUCAACGAGUCUGACUUCCAGGUCUGCGUGGAAAUUCUGAACACGUACUUGACGAAAGCUUUCCAGCAGCACGACCCUCGGAUCCCGUGGGGCAGCCUCAAGUACCUAAUCGGGGAGGUCAUGUACGGAGGACGGGCCAUCGACAGCUUUGACCGGCGUGUCCUGACCAUCUACAUGGAUGAAUACCUGGGAGACUUCCUUUUCGAUACUUUCCAGCCUUUCCACUUCUUCCGGAGCAAGGAAGCGGACUACAGAAUCCCCACGGGGGACGGCAAGGACACAUUUGUCGAAGCCAUUGAGGCCCUCCCUCUGGCCAACACGCCUGAAGUGUUGGGGCUUCACCUCAACGCUGAGACUGGAUAUUACACUCAAGCAGCUCGAGACAUGUGGUCUCACGUGCUGGAGCUGCAGCCUCAGACGGGGGGAUGCAGCACUGGCGCCAGCCGAGAUGAUUACACCGGCCGUGUGGCCAAGGACAUAGAAAACAAGAUGCCCAAAGUCUUUGACUUGGGCCUGGUCAGGAAGCAGCUGGGGACGGCCACCUCCCCCACCUCAGUGGUGCUCCUGCAGGAGCUGGAGCGCUUCAACAAGCUUGUCAUACGGAUGUCCACGUCCCUGGCUGAACUUCAGAGGGCCUUGGCUGGAGAAGUUGGGAUAAGCAGUGAAUUAGAUGAUGUAGCCAGGUCCCUCUUUCUCGGGCAAAUCCCUAACAUCUGGAGAAAGCUCGCUCCUGACACCUUAAAGUCCCUUGGAAACUGGAUGCCCUACUUCCUGCGGAGGUUCAGCCAGUACACGACGUGGGUCACCGAGAGUGAGCCCAGUGUGAUGUGGCUCUCGGGGCUGCACAUCCCAGAAUCCUACCUCACGGCCCUGGUGCAGGCCACCUGCCGGAGGAACGGCUGGCCGCUGGACCGCUCCACCUUGUUCACGCAAGUGACCAGGUUCCAAGAUGCAGAUGAAGUGAAUGAGCGGGCGGGACAAGGAUGCUUUGUCUCGGGACUCUAUCUAGAAGGCGCUGACUGGGAUAGAGAGAGAGGAUGUCUUACCAAGAGCAAAUCCAAGGUGCUGGUCGUCGACCUGCCGAUCCUGAAGAUCAUCCCCAUUGAAGCCCGUCGCCUCAAACUGCAGAACACUUUCCGGACGCCCGUCUACACCACCUCCACGAGAAGGAACGCCAUGGGGGUCGGCUUGGUUUUUGAAGCCGAUCUCUUUACCACGAAGCACAUUUCUCACUGGGUCCUGCAAGGGGUGUGCCUCACCCUGAAUUCUGAUUAACCCUCUGGGUGAAGAAAACGGCACGAGAUUCUAAGUCUGUGGCCGGCAGCGGAUGUGCUGGGAAUUCGUGAAGACUCAUCAUCUGCUGUCACUUCUUGGGGCCUCUCGAGGCAGGAGGGGGCUUGACACUGAUUUUUUUCUUUCAUUUGAAAUCAGCCAUUUAUAUCUCUUUCCAUGUAAGUUAACCUGAAUGGUUUUAGUUUUUUUUUUAACUUUUAAAAAAGGGAUUCUGGGGUAUUCAAAAAGUAAAUGCAAAA